AUGAGAAAUGCACUACACGACUCAAGGAGGUGGAGGAACAUUAUCAGCGCUUCAUCUCACAUCUGGAUGAUGUACCUCUGGAGUCAUUCCCGGAGCAUCGGCGCGGAACAAGUCCAUGAGGACUACACCCAGAUUAUGAACCUGGCCGACGACAUCGCCCAAACGCGCGCGAGCGAGGGCUUAGUGCAGCACCUCCCCAUACGUGACGGGAGCUAUGAAGUCGCGCGAUCAUUGCUCACCAAGCGCUACCACAAUGAGCGCUGCCUGGCCGAUGCCCAUAUCGACCAGAUUAUGGACCUUCCCGUCGUGAGCAAUACCGCCCAGUUGAGGACCGAGCUGCUCAACCCCCUCCUAAUAGCCACUAACUCUCUCCACCGCUUGGGACUGCCGGUUGCCCAGUGGUCUUAUUUACUGGUGCGUAUCGUACUU